AUGCAGAAGUUAGAAUCAAGGAAGUGGUUUCCGGCGAAGGAGUCCUUCGACGACUAUGCUAUCGACAAGCUGGCAAUGAUGCAUAGACUGGACCUACCCGAGAGUGACCGGAUCCAGCUUCUGAUUGGCGGAAUCCAGCAGACUCCGCUGAAGGCGACGGCGUUGUCCCUCACGGCCGACACGAUGGACGUCUUCCUCGAAAAGAUGAGGACCAUCGCUCAGGGCAUGGCAGAGACAGACCGCAGGACGUUGCAGUUACAUCCGCAGGUCAAGGAUAAGCAGGCCAAGGAUACCUGCAAAACUGUGGCAAAAGGGGUCACACAUACAAGGAAUGCAGAGGAGAGCCAAGCUGCUUCUACUGCAAGGAAAAGGGCCACCGCAGUGCACGCAGUCAAGAAAGCUAAUUUGAAUCCUAGGAUAGCUAGGUGGACGUUAGCUUUACAGAAUUACACUUUCGAUAUUUCUCACCGGCCAGGUAAUAGGAUGAUACACGCAGAUGCCCUCAGUCGUAGUGUUGCACUUGUGGACGAACUUCCACUGGAGCGAAGACUCGAAUUCCUCCAAUUAGCAGACCCUGAAAUUUUAAAAUUAAGCAACGAAUUAGAAUUAGAAGAGAAUGAUAAGUUUGCGUUGAUAGAUGGUUCCUCUAAUAGACUGGAGAGCGAGACUCAAUUGUAUCCGUUGCCAAAGUCUCCCUUAGAAUUGAUACACAUAGACCACUUCGGUCCACUCCAGGAAACUGUAGACGGCUAUAAACAUAUUUUUCUUGUAAUAGAUGCAUUCAUUAGAUUCACGUGGCUAUAUGCAACUAAAUCUACCGGUGCGAAAGAGGCAAUGAGGCUUCUGGAUAAUCUGUUCUCUAUUUUUGGAAAGCCAGUAGAAUUGGUCUCAGGUAGAGGUUCCGCUUUCACUUCGAAUGAGUUCAUUAAUUAUCUACAAAAACAAAAUAUUAAGCAUAGAAAAGUGGCUGUAGCGGCUCCUUGGGCCAAUGGCAUGAUUGAAAGAGUAAACAGAUUCCUAGAAACUUCUUUGACUAAGCACAUAGACUCUCAAAUAGAGUGGAAACAAAACUUGAGCGAAAUACAAUACGUUAUAAACAAUACGCACCAUUCGACAAUUAAAGCCACUCCGUCAAAACUCCUGUUGGGAUACGAACAGCGUAACCAUAAAGACCAUGCAAUAGCUCGCAUCACAAAAGCCUUGCACGAUGUAGAUCAGGAUCUAGAAUCAGAUAGGAGCGUUAGUCGCGAUACCGCUUUACAAACGACCGAUAUGAUUAGGAAUUAUAAUAAAAUAUACAAGGACAAACAUAGCAUUAAACCAACAAAAUAUAAAAAAGGUGAUUAUGUGAUGAUCAGAAAUGACCGGAAUAAAGUAGGGGUGAGUUCUAAAUUGAAACCUAAUUAUAAGGGUCCAUACUUAGUGGCAAAAAGUUUGGGAUCAAAUCGAUAUGUAAUAACAGACGUACCAGGUUUCAAUUUGAAACAAAAACCCAUGAACACCGUCAUGUCAUCUGACCGCAUAAAACCUUGGAUAAAAGUUACUUCACCUGUAAAUAAUUAA